AUGUCUUCGCUCUUCUGCUGCAGCGACAUCAAACCCUAUCGCCCCCAAUAUCUCUCGUACGAAACCAUGUUCACCACCUUCAUGCAUUGGGCUGCUUUUCCAAGACAGGCAUCCCCAAGCGGUGGUGACGAUGUCAAGGUCGAUCUUAUUGACCACCCACCUUCCUUUGCUGUGCAGCUCGUUCGACAGGUCAACUACGGUCCACUCGAGUCAAAGAGAUACUUCAUCCCUGUCGAAGGCAAGGCCAAUGAGUUCGUCGAGGUACUCGAAAACGACUUGAUCCAAGCCAACUUCCAGAAGCUCAACUCAUACAAGAACUACAAGUGUGUGGCCCAUACCAAGUUCUUCGAAGUCAACCUUUACCAGAAGGAUCCGGUCAACAAGCAUCACUGGCGAGCCAACCUUGCUCGUCCGGCAAGCUCCAUUGACUUGUGA